GAGACACACAACCAGACCAGCAGCCGGAGAAAGAACGACAGAAGGGAGAAAGAUGAGAGAAAUAGUUCACAUCCAGGCGGGACAGUGUGGGAACCAGAUCGGGACCAAGUUCUGGGAGGUGAUCAGCGACGAGCACGCCAUCGACCCGGCGGGGAGCUACGUGGGAGACUCGUCUCUCCAGCUGGACAGAAUCAACGUGUACUACAACGAGGCGUCCUCACAUAAAUACGUCCCCCGUUCUGUGCUGGUGGACCUGGAACCAGGAACCAUGGACAGCGUUCGCUCAGGAGCCUUCGGACAACUCUUCAGACCAGACAACUUCAUCUUCGGCCAGACAGGUGCGGGGAACAACUGGGCCAAAGGUCACUACACGGAGGGGGCGGAGCUGGUGGACGCGGUCCUGGACAUAGUGAGGAAGGAGUGUGAGCACUGCGACUGUCUCCAGGGUUUCCAGCUCACUCACUCUCUGGGGGGGGGCACCGGCUCAGGGAUGGGCACCCUGCUGAUCAGCAAGAUCCGGGAGGAGUACCCAGACCGGAUCAUGAACACCUUCAGCGUCAUGCCCUCACCCAAGGUGUCGGACACGGUGGUGGAGCCGUACAACGCCACGCUGUCGGUCCACCAGCUGGUCGAGAACACGGACGAGACGUACUGCAUCGACAACGAGGCGCUCUACGACAUCUGCUUCCGCACGCUCAAACUCACCACGCCCACCUACGGCGACCUCAACCACCUCGUGUCGGCCACCAUGAGCGGCGUGACCACGUCUCUCCGUUUCCCCGGCCAGCUCAACGCAGAUCUCCGCAAGCUGGCGGUCAACAUGGUGCCGUUCCCGCGCCUCCACUUCUUCAUGCCGGGGUUCGCUCCCCUGACGGCGCGCGGCAGCCAGCAGUACCGAGCGCUCACCGUCCCCGAGCUCACGCAGCAGAUGUUCGACGCCAGGAACAUGAUGGCGGCGUGCGACCCGCGCCACGGGCGCUACCUCACCGUCGCCACGGUGUUCCGCGGGCCCAUGUCCAUGAAGGAGGUGGACGAGCAGAUGCUGAACGUGCAGAACAAGAACAGCAGCUACUUCGUCGAGUGGAUACCCAAUAACGUCAAAGUGGCGGUCUGCGACAUCGCGCCGCGCGGGCUCAAGAUGGCCGCCACUUUCAUCGGCAACAGCACGGCCAUCCAGGAGCUGUUCAAGCGCAUCUCGGAGCAGUUCUCCGCCAUGUUCCGCCGGAAGGCUUUCCUGCACUGGUUCACGGGCGAGGGCAUGGACGAGAUGGAGUUCACGGAGGCCGAGAGCAACAUGAACGACCUGGUGUCCGAGUACCAGCAGUACCAGGACGCCACCGCCAACGACGGCGAUGAGAACUUUGAGGACGACGAGGACGAGAUCGUCGAGUAAGGACACCGAACACGUUACAGGGAGGAGCUGGAACGCAGAGCGGCAGUUUGACGAGCCAAUCGGAGAGCACGACGACAACUUCGGCGCAACCAAUUGAAGGCAGAGGCGGGUCAUCAUGUGGAGGGAAAGAAAACGUCUCCUUGUCUUAGACCACGUGUGGAUUAAAGUUAGUUUAUAGCGAUAUGAAGAUUAACAUGAAGACAUGAACAAUAUGAAGAUUACCAUGAAGACAUGAACAAUAUGAAGAUUACCAUGAAGACAUGAACAAUAUGAAGAUUACCAUGAAGACAUGAACAAUAUGAAGAUUAACAUGAAGACAUGAACAAUAUGAAGAUUACCAUGAAGACAUGAACAAUAUGAAGAUUAACAUGAAGACAUGAACAAUAUGAAGAUUAACAUGAAGACAUGAACAAUAUGAAGAUUAAUUCUGCAGAACACUGGAUCACCAACCAUGUUUUCUGACAUUUUAGGUCGGUCGGAGAGUUUAAAGGAACACGGAGAAGGAGCCUGUAAUGUCUCUGUUAUUACAACAUGGCAUCAUGACUUCGUGUAAACACACACGCACACUUUCCUUAAGCCAAGUGGCGUGCUACGCGAGGCCAAAAUGGCGUUCAUAAAUACGCUAAAAAGCGAGUAUGCGUCUCGAUAACACGCCAAUAAUGGCGUACGAAUUUGCGUGCCAUACAUGCAGCACAGGCCAAAAGUUUGGACACACCUUCUCAUUCAAUGAGUUUCCUUUUUAUUUUC